ACAGCGUCGUACUGCGCAGGCGCGUUGGAGCGUCUCGCCGGUGUUGUUCUUACUGGCCUGGACGAAUAGGCCCACCAGCCGCUGCGCCCGCCGACACCACCAAGGGUAGGCUUGCUCGGCUCACCCCUGCCCCCCAGGGCGGUGAAAACGCCUUAGAGCGGCGGGGUGGCGGCAGGCCUCUGGGAGGCCCGCUAGGACAACUCUGAUACUAGUUUCCAGUGAUUUCGUCACUCAGUAUAUUUUGAAGAGUGGUUUCUGGCUGAUUUCUGAACUUCCUGAGUUCAUCUCUUAGGCGAAAAUUAGGUUAGACACUCUUGGAAAAAUCCUUAUUUGUAAUCUGCCAAGUAUUUUCUAUUCAGCAAACUGAUAUUCUUACUUUUUCUUUCUGUUUCAGGUAACAUCAUAGUGAUGUUUCUUUUUAAAUAAGAUUUCUGAAGGGAAAUAAUUUAUGGAUGAUCUCGGUGUUUAUGAGUAAUGUCAGUUUGGUUGCCUUUAAAUACAUGUUUGUACUUAGUAAUUAGUACCAAAAGCCUUUGGCCUAAACAGAAAACCAGUCGACUGUUCUGUUUGUACAGACCUAAGCUUUUUUGGAGGAUAAACCAUGCUGUUCCUCUUAGAGUUUUACAUACAAGCAAACAACAUUGCAAAUGGACCAAAGGUAAAACACUGUGGCAUAGUAAGAACCUUUAUUACUGUGACUUUUUGUGUUACAGAAUUUCCAAACUUAGUACUUCUAAGGAAUUGACAAAAACAAGCAAUCGCAUGUCCCGAUUUAAGAACACUUUAGAAUCUGUCUCAAAAGCAGUGUCUGGAACCCACAGUGAAUUGAUUUCACGGAUAGCUCGACUAAAGCCCCAUUCUGGUCUUUUGAACAAAUCAGUUGAAAAUAAUGGUCAGGAAAACAACUUUCAUAUGAACCUAGAAAAACAAGUUGCAACCACCACAACUCAGGAAGGUUCUGGUGAUAGCUUAAAUGUAAAGAAGCCUUUGCCUGCAAGUGAAGACUUGGAUUCUGGUGUUGCUAAUCAAGGUUCUUUAAAAGAUCUUGCAGAUCUCAAAAACAAUCUCUUCCACGUUAGCUACUUUGCUACGAACUUUGGGGAAACGUUCAACUUUCUAGCCAAUCACAUCAACUGGUACUUUAGCACUGGUGCUAUGAAUCAAGAGAACAAAGGGAAUACUCUCCUGCCAAAACCACAAAAUCAGGUGGGGAAAACACUUGAUCCACCAGAAGAUGACAUAUUAAGUAAUGAAAACCGGAUGAAUGCUGCAUCUGCUUUAAUUUCUACAGCACAGUCUCCAGAUGCUGAAAAAGCAAAUGCCACUCCUGCAACUACUGGCAAAAAGAGCAUUACAAGUUUUCUUUCUUACCCUAGUAACAGUGUACAGGCCUUUGUGGAUAGCUAUAUUACUGGCUUGGUACCCAAGUUACGAUCUGAUACAAAAUCUACCUUGCAAGAAAAAGUGCAGGAACAUGAGGAGACUUUGAAAGAUGAUGAAGAGACUAAAAGUGCAGAAGAGAAAGAAAAGAGGUUGUCUCUUCAAAGGGAAAAGAUUAUUGCCAGAGUGAGUAUAGAUAACCGAACCCGGGCUUUAGCUCAAGCAUUACGAAGAUCAUCUAACAGAAGAGUCUGUAUCAACAGGGUUGAAGAAUUGAUGUACCAUCUUUUGGAAUUUCCAGAAAGUAGAGGAGUUGCUAUUAAGGAAAAAGCUAUUUCCUGCUUGUUGCGUCUAAGACAGGCAAAUGAUGAAGCUCUUCAGGCUGCUGUUAGGGAGGCUUUGGCAGUAAUUGGAUAUACAGACCCUGUGAAAGGGUGGGGUAUUCGAAUUCUCACCAUUGAUGGUGGGGGAACAAGGGGUUUAGUGGCACUUCAGACUCUGCGCAAACUUGAAGAGCUCACUGGGAAGCCUGUUCAUCAUCUCUUUGACUAUAUUUGUGGAGUGAGUACAGGUGCUAUAUUGGCAUUUAUGUUGGGACUAUUCCAUUUACCCCUGGAUGAGUGUGAAGACCUUUAUCUUAAAUUAGGAACUGAUGUAUUUAAGCAAAAUGUUAUUGUUGGGACAGUUAAAAUGGGCUGGAGCCAUGCAUUUUAUGACAGUGAAAUCUGGGAGAAGAUGCUUAAAGAAAGAAUGGGAUCAGAUGUUAUGAUUGAAACAGCAAGAAAUCCCAGAUGUCCUAAGGUGGCUGCAAUAAGCACCAUUGUAAGCAGAGGAACACCACUGAAAGCCUUUGUGUUUAGAAAUUACAAUCACUUCCCCGGAGUAAAGUCUCACUAUCUUGGAGGUUGCCAGUAUAAAUUGUGGCAAGCUAUUAGAGCAUCAUCUGCUGCACCAGGCUACUUCCAGGAAUACGCACUGGGCAGUGAUCUUCAUCAGGAUGGGGGACUGCUUUUAAAUAACCCUACAGCUUUAGCAGUGCAUGAGUGCAAGUGUCUUUGGCCAAAUGUGCCACUACAGUGUGUAAUAUCCCUAGGAACCGGCCGAUAUGAGAGUGAAGGGAAAACCAAUGUCACCUAUACAAGUCUGAAAGCGAAACUGACUAAUGUCAUCAGCAGUGCCACUGAUACUGAAGAAGUCCACACUAUGCUGGAUGCCCUUUUACCUCCAGAUACCUACUUCAGAUUUAAUCCUCUGAUGAAUGAAGAUAUAGCUCUGGAUGAAAGUCGCAAAGAAAAACUUAAUCAGUUGCAGUCAGAUGGCAUUCAAUAUUUAGAACGAAAUGAAGAAAAACUGAGGAAAUCUGCCAAAAUAUUAACACAGGAAAGAACAACUUUGCAGAGAUUUAAUGACUGGAUAAGAUUAAAAGCCGAUAUGUAUGAAGGCUUUCCAUUUCUUUCCAAAUUGUGAAUAUGUAAGCAUGAGAAGUCAUAGGUAUGAAGCUUGUUUCAGAAAUGUAUUCUGUACUAAAAGGGACCAGCACUUGUUAAUCACUAUGUAAUUACUUAUAAAUAGUUAUUCAAAGUCACGGAAUGAGCUGGAGAAAAAGCACUUUGGUUAGGGAUGGCACGCUACAAGCUUCUUUGGCUUGGAUCCAAAGAUGAUUGUGCAAACGGAAGGGAGAAGGUUACUAGCCCUUCCCUCGCUGCCUCUGCAGUCUUCAUUCCUGAAAUUUCCCCUAUUCUCUGGAGUCGGUUUCGGGGGUUGCUCAUCGGGGUAUUGGUAAUACAUACCACAUUGCAUGAAUGGAAGUACAUUCCACCCAUGCUGUGGAAUAUCGGGAUUCAUGUCUACCCUUACAAUUUCUUAAAGUAAGUUUUUGAGUUACUGGUUCUGAUCUUUCAGAAUCUACUAUAGUACUAAUUAAAGUAAAAUGCUGGUAUCAUUUGGCUUUUAAUCUGAUGUUUGUUAUCUAUCUGAAUGUGUGACAAUUAUGAAAGACAAACUUGUUAUCUUUUAGACACAGAUGCCAAAAUCAUGUUGUUCACAAAACUAUAAUGUGCUUAUGUUACUGAAUGUUUCUGAAGUUGGAAAAAGAACCAAACAAACUGGACAGGUUGCUCUACAAAGCCAACACAGCUAAAAUCAGUUUGGUUCCAUUAAAAUCAGUGGAACCAAAUGGUCUUACAUCUCUAUCAGUCUAAAUGGGUUUCAAAUUAGAUUGCAGUGUAUUAUAAACGAGCAGUAUGCUGUAGGUUUUUAACACUGCUAUUGAAUGUGAUACCUUUUGUUUAAUGACAAUGUAAAUUGUCUUUUGUGCAUGCAAACACAUUUUUAUAUUUUCAAAUAAUGUAACAUACUUUGUAUAAUGUGCAUUGAGUUUGCAUAUGUCAUCCAGUUCACUUUAUCCAAUUCAGUAUUUGAAUAGUGCAACUAAAUCUGCAGUUGUUAAUACCAACUUUUUAAAGAACUUUUCAUAAGUUCCACUUCAGAAUAAUUAAUUCCCUGUUUGAAAAUAUAAUCCUAAAACCUGCUGUAAACUCAUGUGUCUUGUAAGGAAGAAAAUAAAUUAAUUUAUCCUCAUAGUAUGACUUUCUAUAGUGAUGUAUGUAUUUUUAAGCCAAGUCUAGUAAUUAAAACAGACUUUCUGUUUGGCCUUUUGUUCCAUAUAUGAAUUGCUCAGAAGAUUAAUUCCAGUUUGUGUUGCUUCAUCAUAUGUUAUGAUUGGUGGAGUCCAGUAUAACUUGGGUACUAAUAAGGCAAAAAUACUGAUUGUAACCAAAGACAUUUAGUCCUAAGUCUCAUUGAAAUUAAUGAUUUUAAGUAGGUUGACAUUCAUAUGGGACUUUGACCAUUCUGAAUAUUCAGUAGUAAAGAAAUCAGUUAAAUGAAGAAAUAAGGCAUUGAUUUAUUUCCUUAUAUGAGAGAUGACCACUUUCUCCUCACCCUGAGGGUAAGGACUUGUCUAUUCUGCAUUUCCUGCACUUGGCUUCUAAACUGUCUUUAACUUCAUGUUACAGCUCUGUGCUUUGUUGUCCGUUUUGCACUAUGUCGUCUGUGUUUAAAGUACUAAUGCAUGCUAUAAGCUUAAUAUUCUUCCAUCUGAUAACAUAUCGCGGUGUGAAAAUGUUAUAUGUUGUUGGUUCAGACUUUUCACUUUUCUGUUUUGCUUUUACAAUAGAUUUUUGUCAUGCCUCUCUUCAUUGUCGUACCAUGACUCGAUCAGGAAAUCCUUUUCAUAGGGACCCAUUUUUAAUGAUUUAUUAAAUGUAUAUCCCUCUCUUCUAUUGGUGGCAAGCAGGGGGGAAGUGGCAAAUAGAAAAAAUAGUGAAAUACAAAUACAUACUUUAAAAAACAACUGCCACAUACAAAAAACCAAAACCUGACUUCAGAGCUUGUAGCAGCAUAAAUCCACAAAUCAAGCACUAAAGGUUUACCUGAAAAAAUCUGAUGGAAGAUGGCUAAUAAUGGGGCCAGGAGACAAUUCUUCAAUUUAUUUUAUUUAUUUUAACACAUUUUUAUACCACCUAUAACCAAGUCUCAGGAUGGUUCACAACUGGUUAAAAUAUCCAUUAAAUUUAAAAUCAACUGUUAAAAACAAUCAGCUAAAAGACUGAAUAGGUCUGUUUUCAGUGUUCUUUCUGAAGGCAUCUGAGAUGGUGCAGCUCUUACUUCAAUGGGAGUUUGUUCCAUAGCCUCAGGGCAACUACAGAAAAAGCUCAUUGCCAGCAGACAGACCAGUGGCAUUUGUAAACCAACUUCUUCGAUGUGGUCUCUGCCUUUUACACCAAUGGACUAUGCGCCUUCACAGAGACCUCGUCGGAACCUAACAAGCUCUAUUCUCCUGAUUUAGGCAGGAACCCUGUCCCCAGCCACUCCGCUACUCCACAUCCCUUCAGUCUUCGUCAUCCAUGUUUCAGUAUUGCUAUUGUUAACCACCCAGAGACGAAAGUUUGGGGCGGUGUACAAAUUUGAUAAUUAAAUAAAUAAAAUAGACAUCAUGGAAUCUUUGGCUCUACAACGAAUAGGACUGUGGCUUCCUUAAAUCCUCUUGUUUUUUCUCCUGUUUUCCCCUGUUUUAAAGCCUGUUGUUUUCUUUACUUUGUGCAGUAGCUUUUUUUCUUGACGAUUUUAUUCCUCCUCUCCUCCCCCCUGCCCCACUGUUUUCUCCCUGUUCAUUUGGCUCCAGUCCUGGCCAGGAUGGGGCUUUGUGGCCAGCUAGCUGAAAAUGCUGGGCACAAAAAAACUUUUUAAAAUGUGUUCAUUGUGGAUCUAGGAUUCCUUCCCCCAAUACUCAUACCAAGUGUCUGCUUUGUCUGAGGGAAUCCCACAUAGUCGAGACCUGCAUUCAUUGCCAAAGGUUCAUGAAGCAGGCUCGAAAGAAAAGGGCUUCUCGCUUGCACGCUGCCCUGUGGGAAUUUGCCCUCCGGUGAUCAGAGGCCUUAUCGUUGAAGCAGUCAUUUAAAAUGGCUUCUUUGAUACCAUCAGAGUGUUUGGACUCCGCUCCACUGGCGCUAGUACACCUGGCUUAGGUACCAAUACCAUCGGCAUCUGCUCUGGACCCGCCUGUGGUUCCGGCCCCUUCUGUGCCAUCAGACGAGUUGCCUAGGCCUAAUAUACCUUUGGUAGCAACUCCCUCUUCCAUCCCUUUGGUACCACCGAAGAAGAAGCUGGCGUAAGUCCCUCCUAUACCAGCAGGACAGCAUCUGCCUCCUAAUCCCAAGAAGAAACCCCUGUCAGCUUCUCCUUCGGAGGCGCCCUUGGUCAAGAAGUCAAAAUAGGUCUCCGCUGCACAGGGCUUGACAGUUGUUGAUCAGGUGUCAGAGAAUAUGCCGGCUGCGGUACUGAUUCCUUUGGUACCAAAGUCUACCAGCCCUUAUCCUCACACUAGUUCCCUGGUGGCUAGGAAGUCACUGAACCAGUUGCCUGACUGCACUUUUCCCAGUGGUGGACAGGAAAGCUUGAUAGCAGCCAGCAAAACGGGCUGUGCUUUGUUGGACUAUGGGCCUUAUUCACCUGACAGAGAUAAUGCAAAUUUGACGUGGCUGCCUAGACAUCAUUUGUCUCCCGUGCGCCGUGUGGAACAGUCCCUCUGUGGGGAUCGAAGGGCGCAUUGGGACUCAGAGGACCGCUCCUCUGAAUGUAGAUAUGGGAGAGACUGGGAUCGAUGUGGUCAAUCCUACUCUGGUCAAUACUGUGACUCUGUGCAGGGUUCCAUGCACCACGUAGAGAAAGAACCACCCUCCUGUGGAGAUUGGCGCCGAGAAGAUGGCGUGUAUAGCAAGUUUCCUUCUGAUUGCUACUCUGGUUAUCUGACUGUGGGAGGUCGUGGUAUGGAUUUAGUACCAAGAGGAAUUUGUGUGAUGAUGAAGACUAGACAAGAUUUACAUAGGGUCCCUUCACAUUCGGAAGGAAUGCUUCAUUCUCGUUCUCCUUGAUGGGAUCUAUGCAACUGCGCUAGUGGACAAAUUUCACUAUUGGGAGUUCCAGCUCAGUCUCCGGUGACGCAGCCUUCAUCAAUACCGACUACGACAGCAGAUGGGUCGGUGCCAUCCCCCUUGGAUAAGCCCUCAGAGGUUCCAGCCAUCCCUCUGGACUUGGUCCCAAAUCUGGGUGCACCUCCGGAGACAGAUAGUGAAGGGGGUGACCCUGACUCCAGAUUCGGACCUAUCCUUCACCGUUCAAAGGUCUGCAGAGUGGAGAAAAACAACUCCUCUGUUUGUUCUGUAUGAGGGACCUCGCAAGGGUUUGCAAGUUUCUUUGCAGCCGCUAUCUAGGUGGAUUGUUUCAACUAUUGAACUUUGCUAUAGCUUGGCAAAUAAACAAUUGCCUGGGACCAUUAAGGCACACUCAGGUCCAUUGUGGCCUUUCAUCAUGCAGUUGCAUUGGACGCUAUUUGUCAGGCGGCUACUUGGGCUUUACCCCAUUCCUUUAUUCGUCAUUAUGCCAUUGAUGCAAGAGCCAGAAUGAUAAGUUUGGCAGGACUGUCCUGCAGUCUGUCUUUUUUUUUUGGUUGAUGUCCUUUGUUUCUUUGAAAUAAAUACUUCUUGCAGAGUG